ACAGGAGUCGAUCCCGGCAUGGGGGACAUGAAGACCCCAGAUUUUGAUGACCUAUUGGCAGCGUUUGAUAUUCCUGACAUAGAUGCCAAAGAGGCCAUCCAGUCUGCCCCGGAUGAAGCAGAAGCACCCCACGGAGCUGCAGGUGCACCUCUGGGAAAGCCAGAAAACGUGGUGGGCGUUGGGUCAUCCCUGAGACCGCCAAGUCCCUCAGACCCUCAGGCGGACACCUCGAUUGUGAGUGUGAUUGUGAAGAACAAAGUUCGUCACGAGGCAGUGGAUGGAGCAGAGGACGACGCAGAUGUGAUCGCAGGAGUCGAUGUGGGUCCCCGGCUUGGAGCGUGCGCUCCCGGGAUGGCGGAUUCUGAAGCCCUCAAUCACAAUGGUUUUGGAGCAUCUGGCGUCUCCACUCCACUCCCCCUCAGCCAGGUUCAGUCUAACGGUGCACCCUGGUCCAUGAACACCCCUAAAGUGACUGUAGAAGCAGCCGGUGUCAGCACGGCCAAGUCUCACAAGCAGGGUGCCAACAUUUUCAACAGACUUAAGCCGCUUGUGGCGCAGGGUUCUGGCGAUCCAGUGGGUCGGGCCAGAAAGAUGCAGCUUCUGCAGCAGCAACACCAGCAGCAGCAGGAUACAGGUCAAGAAAGGGCAGAUGGGGUCAAAGCAUCGUUACCUACAUCUUCCUCUCUAUCAGCUGGGUCGCCCCCACUGGCUGCUGGUGGACCAGUAGGAAUAUCCUUGCCUUUUUUUCCACCUUCCAAACCCCUGCUUUCAGCUCCACCUUCUGCACCUCGUCCGCUGCACUCCUCUCAGCCAUUCAAUGGAGCUCCCCAAAGUGGCGCUGCUGGGUUUCAGCACCACCAGGGAGAGGAGGAGGAUUCUGAUGCUGAUUUGGGGAGUCCACUGGUGAUCCAGGAGAACCCAGACUCUCCAACCUGCACUCAGCUGAGCGGACGCUACAAGUCUGAGUCCGUCUCUGCGCAGCCCACCUCUGCCACAUCUCAACCCAAGCCUGGCGACACUCCUUCAGAAUCAUCUCUGACUUCAUCCACCCCACAGUCUGGCUCCGCAGAGAAUCCACAGGCGGAGGAGAGGCAUCCGGAACAUGUGAUUGAAGAGAGAGAUUCACCAGAGAGUCCCGAACCAGAGACGCCAAAUUCAGCAGCUCAGGCCACUGCUAAGAGAUGCUCCAGCCCUGCAGUGGCCUCCACACCACCUCCCUCAGAGCUGCGGGAGCCUAAAGAUGAGGAGGAAGAGAUGGAGGUCGGGAACGGGAUUGAUAGGGUUGUUGACGGCGCAGCUGAUAAGGGAGAAAAUAUGGAAACAAGUGAGGACAACAUGGAGACGGGUGAUGGCAAGUCUAAACCUUCAUCCACUGAUGGAGAAAAAAGCAGCCCUACACCUGUUCUCUCUGGUGCUCCGUCCCGCCCCCUUAAAGUCAGAAUAAAAACAAUUAAAACCUCCACUGGUGGAAUCACCAGAACUGUGACAAGAGUGGCGCCAAAAGGUGCAGCAGGAGGGAAAGGCUUGGACCCGAAAGCUCAAACCGGAGAUCAGAAAGCAUUAGCAAACAAAACCCAGAAAGCUGAGGCCUCUCCUGGUCACAUGACUUCUUCCCAGAAAGUAAGUGCUCUCAAUGCUCUCCCUGUUUCUACGCUCGCAGCGAGCAGCGUCAUGCUCGCAGCUGCCACAAAGGUCCAAAACAAAAUGGCUUCAUCCGAGAAGGUGAAGGUUUCUGCCGCCGCUGUCAGCAUCACCAAAUCCGCUGCCCUGCCUGCAACACCGUCAGUGGCCUCCUCCCCCAAGUUCUCAGUAGCUGCUAGUGGGAUAAACGUCCGCACAGCCACUAACAAAUCAGCUAACGGAAGUAGUGGCACCAUCAUAGGCGGCAGCCUGCAGUCAAACAAACCCGCCUCAAUCGUCAACAGCACGGGAGCCGUCAUCUCCCGGAGUCAGUCGAGCCUGGUGGAAGCGUUCAACAAAAUCCUGAACAGCAAAAACCUUUUGCCAAGCUACAAGCCUGACCUCUCAGCUCCUCCGCCCCCUGAGUGGGGUCUUCCGCUCCCCACCACAGGAUACCGCUGCUUAGAGUGCGGAGACGCCUUUGCCCUGGAACGCAGCCUGGCACGACACUACGACCGCCGAUCGCUGCGCAUCGAGGUGACGUGCAACCACUGCGCUAAGAGGCUCGCUUUCUUCAACAAGUGCAGCCUGCUGCUGCACGCCAGGGAGCACAAGGAGCGUGGGCUGGUCAUGCAGUGCUCACAUCUGGUCAUGAGGCCCGUCACCGUAGAGCAGAUGAUUGGGCAGCAAGACAUAACGCCAAUCGGGGGCCUGCUCACCUCUUCGUCCUCUUCUCCAGUCUCCUCUCCCUCCACCACACCAGGGGGUCCUUCCAUCGCGGCCAACUCCAGUCCCAUGAAGGACACGUCGUGUCCCACAGCAGCUCAGCCUCGAACCGUCCGCCGCGCGCCUCAGGGCCCCCAGGCGCUGAUGCCUCUGCCCUGCAAAAAGGCCGAGGGGCUGCAGUACAACAACUUUAAAUGUUCAGAGUGCCAAACACAGUUCUCUGGCAAGACUGAGCUGGUCACUCACUUCCAGCAGAUCAGAGGAGCUCCUAAUACGACAUGCACUCAGUGCUCGCCUCCCAUGAUGCUCCCCAACUCUUGUGCCGUGUCCGCCCACCAGAGGAUCCAUAAACACAAAGCUCCACAUGUGUGUCCUGAAUGUGGUGGAAUCGCGCGACAGGCGAGCUUCCAGACCCACCUGGACGAGGCCUGUUUGCAUUUCGCCAGGCGCAUUGGCUACAGGUGCUCAAGUUGCCAGGUCGUGUUCGGAGGGUUGAACUCCAUCAAGUCCCACAUUCAGACAGCUCACUGCGAGGUCUUCCACAAGUGUCCCAGCUGCCCCAUGGCCUUCAAGUCUUCCCCCAGCGCCCAAAGCCACAUCAGCACCCAGCACCCAACGCUAACCGGAGGACAGGCCAAGAUGAUCUACAAGUGUGUGAUGUGUGAUACAGUUUUUACCCAGAAGCCCUUGCUGUACAUGCACUUUGACACUCAUUUAGCCAAGCAAAAAGUGCACGUGUUCAAGUGUCCCGACUGCACUAAGCUCUACGCUCAGAAGGGUUCCAUGAUGGAGCACAUUAAGACCGCUCACAGAGGCAUCUCAGCCAAACCGGAGUCUGUGCCCGACUCUUCAAACCCCGCCUCAGCUCCGACCAGCUCCUCCACUCCCUCCAGCUCCAAGUCCAAACCCUCUGGAAAGCCCGACACCUCUGACGGCGAGGACUGGGGGCGGGAACAGGAGGAGGAGGAUGAAGAGGAGGAAAAUGACGACGACGACGAGGGGGAUGAGGACUACGAGGCUCCAGGAGGGAACUCCGCCGCAGGGGGUGGCGGUAAUGCAAGCGCUCCGACUGAGUGGACGUGCGCUCAGUGUCAGACCACCUUCACCAACAACGACGACUACCAGAGUCACGUGAAGAUGGAGCACGGCAAGUUCCCCUGUCGUAUCUGUGGAGGCACCUUCAGCACAUCCUCCAGCCUGCGACGUCAUGAGCGUGUCAUUCAUGAGGGCAACAAAAGAGUCUUCCACUGCCAGUUUUGCACAGAAGGAAAACGUACAUUUGGCAGUCGUUUCCUGCUGGACAAACACAUCCGGCUUCAUCACAGAACAGAUGGACAGGGUCCCCCUCUGACCAGGAAGCGUGCCGCUACAGGAGGCGAAGGACCCGGCAGCUCCUCAGAACACGACGGUGAGGUUGGCCCCCCUGUAGGCAGGGCAGCGGAUGAAGAGGAAAACGCCACAGAAGACGGCAACAGUCCGGCAAAGAGAACCAGGGCCUCCGUGGCGUCCACGUCGUCAACACCCGGUGAGUUGGAGGAGGAAGACAACGUUUUCCGCUGCGUCCCCUGCGGUUUCUCCACGGAGGACGGGGUCGUGUUCCAGCACCACAUCCCGCAGCACCGCGGCGACACCGCUUCCUUCCAGUGCCUGCAGUGCGGCGUCUGCUUCGCGUCGGCCGGCUCGCUCAGCAGACACCGUUUCAUCACUCACCGAGUGCGGGACACGCAGGGCGAAGCAGAGCGCGGCGCCCCCUGCGCUCCCGGCUCUCCAGACGCCUCCUUCGCCACGUCCCCCCAGGCGCAGGCCGAGGACGGAGACGGGAACCUGAGCUGCAGGGUGUGCGGCCGGCGUUUCGACAAGGCGACGGACCUCAACACGCACUUCAGGACCCACGGCAUGGCCUUCCUCACCGCACACAAGACAGACAAGCCCCAGUAGGGAUGGGUCACCUGAGACUGGGGGGGGCUGUAGGACAUGAAUGUUGAAACACAGCUGCUCCCGAGCAGAUUUUUAUUUUUAAACAACAAGCAUUUUACUCUGUGGCACUUCUUCUGUGCCAUUAUAGCUGCAUGUUUGAUCAGAAACAAACAUUUCUAUCAGCCAUACUGUGUAUAACACAUUUCCAGCACUCUCAAUCUGCACUGUCUGUUAGUAAAACACCCCCCUACACACACACUACACUCCUCUACAUUAUAUUCGCGCUGCUUGCCUCAAAGUCCAUCCUCUUUGUUUUUGUUUAUUAAUCAGCUUUAACGCCUCUGAAAGCUGAAAAAACUAAAUCUGAGACACACGAAGCAUGAAAGGGAGUGUUUGCGGGAAAAAAAAUACAAAAAGUCCCCGAUUUUUACGUUGCAAUAUUUAUUUAUAUAAAAACAUUAUUGCUGUUGGUAUAUUGUUAGUGCAACAAGGUGACGAACUCUGAUGGUUACAGGUAGUCUGUGUCGUGAGAAAAAUUUGUGACGUUAAGGUAGAGGAAAGGCCGGGCUUCCUGUCGAGUAGUAAACGAGUUUUGCCGUGUAAAUACAUAAUUACACUAAAAGCAUUCUGGUUUUAGUAACUUGCUAUGAUAAUGUGAAUAUGUGUAGUAUUUGUACUCGUUCCCUUUUUCCUUCCUAAAACUGGUUCAUGGUUAAAAGAGAAAAAAAUCCCCCCAGAGUUAGCUACACAUUGUAAU